AUGACCACCAUGAAGGGGAAAGAAGAACCAGAAGCUACGUCGAUACCGAGCGCCGGUCUUCCGUCAUAUGCAUCGUCGGCACAGCUCUACUGCGCGAUAUGCACAAACGAGAUUCUGCCAGCGCCGGGGGUGGUGCCGGGGGUGGUGGCCGAGGAGAAGAAACAGCAAUUGGGAGAGGAAGGGGAGGUCCUCCCGAGGAUGAGCAGGAGCACAAUGCGGGAGUGCUGUGGGAGGGCCGUCUGUGGCGAUUGCGUCGAUGCAAACCCCCGCUUCGCCGCCUAUUGCCCCUUCUGCCAAUCCCUCCCCGCCAAAGCCAAAGUCGAAGCCGCGCCAACCACCACCAGCUUCCGCCCCCUCCCCCCACCCUAUACCCCCACCCCCGCCUCCGACCCGCCUCCACCGCCGCCCUCCUACCCCAGCGGCAGCGGUAGAAGCAGCGGGGCAGUCGUCCACCACUACAUCCGCCCCACCGACAGCCUCCUCUCCAUCUCCGUCCUCUACAACCUCCCCGCGCAGACGCUCCGCCUGCAUAACCGGCUGUAUAGCGACCACCUCCUGCACGCGCGGCGGACCCUCGAGAUCCCGCAUCCGUACUCCGGGCCGUCGCUGUCGCACCCGCCGACGGAGGAGGAGGCCGCGGAGGAGGCAAGAAAGUCGGCGGUGAAGCGCUUUCAGGUGCGCACGAAGUGUACGGACUGGGAGGCGGCGGAGGUGUAUUUGAAGGAGGCGGGGUGGGACGAGGCGGCGGCGCUGAGGAGGUGGGAGGCCGACGAGAGGGGAAAGAGGUGGGGGUUGAGGGCUUUUGGGUAUUAG